GUACCCUGUAUUUCUGGAACUCGCCCACUUCAACAAUACUACUUGUACUCAACUUUCGACUAUAAAGACUGAUUCGUUCUUUCGAAAAGUACCAAUUGCAGUGUAACUUCCACAGCAACAACUCAACAAUGGCUGUCAAACUCGUAGUUCUCUUCGCCGCUCUGGCUUACGCCAACGCUGGUUUCUUGGGAGCUCCAGCAGCUGUUGCUACCUACGCAAGCCCAGCAGUAUCCUACGCUGCACCAGCUGUCGCUGCCGUCCAUGCUGCUCCAGUGGCUUCUUCCUACUCCUACACCAACAGAAUCCAAUCUGCCCCUGUAGCUUAUGCUGCCCCAGCUGUCUCUUACGCUGCCCCAGCUGUCGCCGCCGUCCAUGCUGCUCCAGUGGCCUCUUCCUACUCCUACACCAACAGAAUCCAAUCUGCCCCUGUAGCUUAUGCUGCCCCAGCCGUCUCUUAUGCCGCCCCUGCUGUAGCUGCCGUCCACGCUGCUCCAGUCGCUGUAGCUAAAGCUAUUCCCGCAGCCACAUCAUACGCUUACAACAACCAAAUUUCCCAAUCUGUGACUGCUGUUCAUGCUGCCCCUGUUGCCACCUAUGCCGCUGCCCCUGUUGCCACUUAUGCCGCUGCGGCUCCAAUCGUUAAAUCUUACUCCACCACCUAUGCCGCUGCUCCAGCUAUCUCUUACUCAGCCCCAGCUUUGACUGCUGUUCACGCUGCUCCAGCUCUCUCUUAUGGCGCCCCUUUGGCUCUCCAAAAAUACCACUAUUAAAUAAUUGAACACACAGAGUGGAAAAAGU